AUGAAUCUCUCAGCAGGCUGUUUUACAUUACUUACUGACAAUCGUGGCCACUUCAUGCAGCAUUUGGCCAAGUGGAAAGAGGCUGGACAUGAACUUCUCUCUUUUUUCAUUCUUCAGACAAACAUUGUCACUUUUCAUAUGAACAACUGAGUGUAACGCCGUUAAUAUCCACAUUUGUACGAUUCGUAACGUACUACAGAGACGAUCUGGGAGAGGAGGCUUUUCACUCCGCCUUCCAGUGUGGACAUUCAGAACAGACAGAAACACGUUUGCCUUUAGACGUGGUCGGAUAAGACGUCCGCAAAUUUGGCCGCACGGCUGUUCAAACGACCAAUGUACCAACUGUACAGACGUUACCUGUAAGCUAGUUAGCAACGACGUAGCAACUGCCUUUUGUGUGUUUGUGUUGAGUUCGGCCUCGGACUGAAACUCCGGUUCUUUCUGUUAUUUCCCUCCAGUCUCUCCUUUUUCCUCUGGUCUCUGUACGACUAUGACGCAAAUUCAUAAAGCUCCGGGAUACACACCAAGAUUUUCCACCAAGAGGUUCGAACCUUUUCAACGCACGUGGACAUGUCAUCGCCCCGGUUUAUUCGUGUCUCAUUACAUCUUUUCAUUCACUUUGCAACUGAUCGCCUCUAAAAUCCGCUUUGCGUUCUGUCUGAACACAGUGAAAGUUCACUCUCAGGAAGCCGUAUAGCACCUCAAACAGGUCCGGUCCUGCAGUUGCACACAGUCAGACCUGGUUUCGUGUUUGAACUUCCUAAAAUGGAGCUUUUAUUGGGUUCAAACCAGUUUGGUCUGUAAUAUUUUCCUCAGACAGCUGUAUAUUCCCUCCAUAUGCGACAGUGACAGCAUGUACAUUAACAGCUCGCCUUGAUCUCCUUGUCCAAAACAAAACCACCAACCAGCAUCAUCCAGCCGCAAAACCUGAAAACAAACAGAAACCACAACCUGAAGGGGGGCCAGGGUUCAGUUGAGAGCCGAUAGUAGUGAAAGUAAGUAGUGAAAGUAAAAUUAAAUUCUUAGAUCGAGAAGUUUCUGCAGGACGCUGCCGGCUUCAUCGCGAACAGUUACCGUCCUCCGGACUGCGCCGGACCCCGGAGGGUUCACCGAGGAAGAGGAGGCGUCGCCAGACGGGGAAUGGAGACCAACGCGGGUUGGAAAGCUUUUAGCGUUUCUGCACAGGGCCCUCUGUCCUCUGCUCAAAGCAAAUCAGGAAGCUUCGGUGCUGAAACAGGUUUUGGCAGAAGGCCUGUCGCUGGAAGUGAGGGAGCAGUAACUGAUGUUAUACAAGCGGCUCCGACCCAGAAGUCUGGAAAUGUUCUGUCUGAAACGUCUUUGCGAUGGACGUCAUAUAAGGUGAUGAGUCCAGAAACAAUGCUGAGUGCAUUAACUUCAGCAUCUCCGCACUGCCUCCCACUACAGACAGACAUGCGGCUCAGAAGGACUGGAAGAGGAAAAGUAUUGCGAGGGAACGCAAACGCAGUCCUCAAAAUCAGUUCUCGCCGUGACCUUUAGGGGGCGCCGCAGGUCAGAGUCAGACUGCUGUUCUUGGUUUCAGCCACUAGAUGAAGGCAGGACCAGGACCAGGACCAGAAUGGACAGAGAUCUGCGGGGGCAGUCAGGAGAAAAGCAGUGUGAUGUAAGGCGAUGCUCGCUCGGCCACCAUGGCCAGUGUCACGCUGAGGUACUUCUGUUAUGGCUGCCUCGUCACCUCGGCGACCUGGUCCGUCCUCCUCUUCCUCUACUUCUCUCUGGGGGCGGAGCCCGGCCAAGGCAGGACCCCCCUGCAGCACCGCAGCCAGCCAAUCACCAAGGGCCUGGCUGACCGGAGGGCGGGGCGUCGGCCUCUGCCGGCCAAUAAGGGAGGGGAGCUGUCGCCAGAGAUGGGGAUGAUCUUUAACGAAGCAGAUCAGGAGGUGAGGGACACUGGUUACCAUCGACACGCCUUCAACGUCCUCAUCUCCACCAGACUGGGAUACCACAGAGAGCUGCCCGACACCAGAGACUCCCAGUGUCGGGAUAAGGUGUAUCCUCUGGCUCUACCUUCUGCCAGCGUAGUGAUCUGUUUCUUUAACGAGGCGUUCUCCGCCCUGCUGCGGACCGUCCACAGCGUGCUGGACCGAACACCGGCCUUCCUGCUGCACGAGAUCAUCCUGGUGGACGACCACAGCGAGCUCGAGGAGCUGAAGGACGACUUGGACCGGUACGUCAGGGAGGAGCUGCAGGGGAAAGUCAAACUGGUGAGGAACCAGAGGAGGGAAGGGCUCAUCAGAGGGCGCAUGAUAGGAGCCUCACAUGCUACUGGUGAGGUGCUGGUCUUCCUGGACAGUCACUGCGAGGUGAACCAGGCGUGGCUGCAGCCUCUGCUCGCUCCCAUCCAGAAGGACCGUCACACCGUCGUCUGCCCUGUUAUCGACAUCAUCUCGGCCGACACGCUGUCCUACUCGCCCUCGCCCAUCGUCAGGGGCGGCUUCAACUGGGGGCUGCACUUCAAGUGGGACCCCGUCCCCCCCUCCGAACUCAACGGGCCCGAGAGAACCACGGGACCAAUCAGGUCUCCCACCAUGGCAGGCGGUCUAUUCGCUAUGAACAGGAAGUACUUUAAUGAGCUUGGCCAAUACGACGCCGGCAUGGACAUCUGGGGCGGGGAAAACCUGGAGAUCUCCUUCAGGAUCUGGAUGUGUGGCGGUCAGCUGCUCAUCAUCCCCUGCUCCAGAGUCGGGCACAUCUUCAGGAAGAGGCGGCCCUACGGCUCGCCGGGGGGGCAGGACACCAUGGCCCACAAUUCCCUGCGGCUAGCGCAUGUAUGGAUGGACGAGUACAAGGAGCAGUAUCUGUCCCUGCGUCCAGAGUUACGUGACCGCAGUUACGGCGACAUCAGCGAGCGUGUGGCGCUAAGGAAGCGGCUGCAGUGUCACUCGUUUCGCUGGUAUCUGGACACGGUGUACCCAGAGAUGCAGACCGUCGCCAACGGCAACAAGCAGCAGCAGCAGCCGCUGUUCAUCAACAAGGGCCUGAGGCGGCCCAAAGUCCUGCAGAGAGGACGGCUUCGUAACCUAGCAACCGGGCGCUGUCUGGUGGCGCAGGGCCGAGCCAGUCAGAAGGGCGGAGCGGUUGUCCUGCGACCGUGCGACCCCCGAGACCCCGAACAGGACUGGGCCUAUGAUGAGGAGGGUCAGCUGGUCUUGGCAGGUCUGCUGUGUCUGGAUGUGUCAGAGGUCAGGACCUUUGACCCCCCCAGACUAAUGAAGUGUCACGGCUCGGGGGGGUCGCAGCAGUGGAGCCUGGGGAAGUCUAACCGGCUCUACCAGGUCUCCGUGGGUCAGUGUCUCUCCGUUGCUCAGCCAAUCGGGCCCAAGGGUUACGUCUCCAUGGCGAUAUGUGACGCGUCUCCGGCGCAGCAGUGGCAGCUGGACGGCUGAGGACGAUGACAUCACGCCUCCGUGUGCCGGACGGACGUCUUCGGUCCGGUUUUAUUGAGUCGAGACUUUAAAAGUCCGUCUCCACUUUGUGUUUUUAGGGUUUUAGUUCUUCUCAGGUCGGCUUUUAUUAGCCAGCUGAUUUUAUUUCGUUUUCAUCCUGAGCUGCUUUUAAAGUUUCACUUCCAGGAAAGACUGAAAAGACUGGAACAGUCCUGAAAUAUCCUGGAAUAUUUUGGAGAGACGGUUUCCAGGAACCAGCAGGAGGAGUUUAUUUUAUUGUUUAUUUCCAGGUCAUGAUGGGCUUCCAAGCCAGACCUUGAAAGCCCUGUAAUGACCUGGAAAAGCCUGGAGUUGACACUAUGAACUCGGCGACGAGCCGUGGGACAGUCGGCUCGCUGUUUCCAGUUUCCACGACGAUGAAACGCGUCGCUGGUGAAACUGAAAACAAGGAGCCGGCCAGACUGACACUAAUGAACAUGUUGAAUUCACCUGUGAUGUGUAACACACCUGUGUGAUGUCAUGAUUAGGUGACAGUAUUACAGCAGCCAGAAGCUGAACAGCGUUUAUAAAGUUUGUCUUUGUGUCGUUUCAUCUUCAAUAAAUCUUUAAAGUUCA